CGGAGUCGGACCGCAGCAACAUGACAGCGGCUGGUGGCAGCAGAGUUAUGGAUGCAGCAGAAGGAGCAGAAAGAGACAAAGACGAGAAACUACACGUUAUAAAAGGUGCAGCGUUUCUGACCACGGUGGCGUCUGCAGGGAUGAUCGCAGGAUUUGGCUCCACGUUGGCACUGGCCAAGAAGAAAAGCCCAAACUGGUUUAAUAAGGGUGUUGCAGCAACAGCAUUAGUACCAGAGAGUGGAGCAUCUCUGGCUCUCAGAGCUCUGGGUUGGGGCUCGCUGUACGCCUGGUGUGGAGUCGGUCUGCUCAGUUUCGCUGUGUGGAAAGCCCUCGGUGUCCACAGUUUACCUGAGUUCAGACAUAAGAUGCAGUCCUUUUUCCCGUCCAUACCGAAGAGUGCCGAAGCUGCAGCUGGAUCUGAACCUCUGGACUGGGACUCCGUGUUCAAGUCAGAGUCGCCUGAAUCAACGAGAGACUGAAAACACACAAGGACAUCAGCAAGACCUCUGCUGUUGUGUUUCCAAGCAGCUGUUUCUUUUGUUUCGCUCCGGAAGCAGCUGAAAAACUGGACGAUCUACUGGACCAGUUUGUUCCUGGUCUGGCUCCCAGCAGCCCUCUGGGUUGACAACGGUUGAGUUGUUGUACAGUUGUGAAAUGACCGAGCUGUGAGUUUUGGGACGAAGACGUCAAAUGUGUCGAGGUGAACGUGAAGAUCUGUCAUUGUCCUCCACAGAGGAUGCUCCAGUCAAUAUAGUAAAAUAACAUCCAUGUUACUAAGCAUUUACAUGAUUCUCUGAAUGCGAUCUUAUGAUUUCAGUCUCACUGUGCUGCUUUGUUGUUUUUUUUCUCCCCUCAGCUUUCUGUCACAUUUGUCCUGACAGCAGUUUAGCUUCACAUUCAUAAUUUUCUACUGUGGUGGUUUUUACAGCUGUGAAAUGAAUAUAAAGGAAGCAGAACGCCACUGAAAAUGUGUUAAAUUCUAUGUUAAAGGAUGAAAAACAAGAUCGAAAGGCCAGGAUAUGGUGCUGAAGUGAUGCAGGAACAAACACAAAAAAUGUUGAGGAAAAAAAUCUGUAAAAAUUUGUGAAUAAAAAUAUUUUAUAAAAUCACA